AUGCCUAGUGAGAGUGAAGCAGUACUCAAUAGUAGAGAUGGGAACCGGACCAUUUUAACUCUACCUAAUGAAUUAUUGAUUGAAUCAACUAAUCCAGUAACACUUGAUGAAGAGGAUGAUAAUGACGAAUUCUUCAGGCAAUUCAGAACAGUGAAUCACCAAACAUCAGCUUCAGAUGAAUCAGAUGAAGUUGUACGAUACUUGGUUCUUGAGAAUAUCGGUCUUAAUGACGAUCCAUUAAAAUGGUGGCAAAAUCAUAAAAAUAGUUUACUAGUUCUUGCACAACUGGCGAGGGAAUUCCUGCAACUUCAGUCCCUUGUGAGAGACUAUUCUCAGAUGCUGGGAAUCAUAUAA